CUCCCCGGCUCCCGUAGGAGAGCUCCGGCCGUGGCGGCGCCACGUCCCCUGCGGCGGCGGGAGAAAGAUCAGUUGGGCCUCGGGGCGGCUCCGGGAGGCCAUGGCCUUUACGUUGUAUUCGCUGCUGCAGGCGGCCCUGCUCUGCGUCAAUGCCAUCGCGGUGCUGCACGAGGAGCGCUUCCUCAAGAACAUUGGCUGGGGAGCAGACCAGGGAAUUGGUGGAUUCGGAGAGGAGCCAGGAAUUAAAUCUCAGCUAAUGAACCUUAUUCGAUCUGUAAGAACUGUGAUGAGAGUGCCAUUGAUAAUCAUAAAUUCAGUUGCCAUUGUAUUACUUUUAUUAUUUGGGUGAAGAACAGUGGGGGAAAUGGAGACUCAGAAGAAGAGAUGCCAGCAGAAGUUAUUACUUCGGUCAUUAUUGGAAUAUACAUGUUAUCGCUGGUCGUCCUUGCACUUGACAAAAAUGUAAAUCUGACAAUAAAACCAGAGCCCCUAUUUAUCUGAUUUUUUAAAAAAUGUUGCACUUACAGUUUCAUUACAAAAAGUUUAGGUCAUCAGAGGCAGUAACUAUCCAGAACUGGAAUACAUUUGAUUGCUAAUUGUUAAUAAAAGUUCAUCUUAUGGUAAAGAUUGUUCAGAGGGUAUAGGACUGUCACUUGUGUGUUUUUAGAGAUUUUUCUCUCUCAGUUCUUUCUCAGGGAUAAAUUUUUUUUCAAAGUUUUGAAGUUCUUUGUGACUUAGCUAUGAUGUGAGAGUGAUUAUCUUCCUAGAUAAAUUUAAAGGAUUUUUUUUUAAGCAAUUACUACAUAUAAAAUGAUUAAGUCAGUAAUUUGGAUAGUUUUACUUUGAACUCUUUAUUUUGUCUAUGUAUCAUUUCGACUAUGACAAGUUCAAAUUUAUAGCAACUAUGAGCAAUACUCUCUGACUUCAGGGAGAAUUCUAAUUUUGUAAGUCAGUCACAUAGGUUGUGUUUUUAAGUUCUUUCAUGUGUUUGUUAUUUUAUUAAUUGGCCUGAAUGAUGAGGUCAGAUCACUAUCUACAUAUUUCCAUUGGUAGAAAAAUCUGUGUAGAAAAGUCUAUGCCCUUUUUACAAUAAUAUUUUAUUUUUUAAAAUCAGCCUAAAUAUUAGCCUGUAAGAGCUAUCCUAAAUAGUCACAAUUAAACUGUGCUAUGUAAGAAGACUAUUGUGAAGCAUUUACCUCUCCCCUAGAUUAUGACAUUUCCGUUUUCUGGAGUAGCACGUUAAGGGGUGUAAUUCUUAAUUUUUUAUUCUGUCAGUAGAGAUUCAUGUUAGAUAAGUUUUCGUUUUGUUUUUAUAUUCUUAAACCAUUCCAUAUUUGCUCAUCCCAUAAUACAGUUUAUGCAGGAAGAUUAAAAUUAUGUAAAUGUUUUUUUCUGAAAACUACCAGUUAUAAUAGUUUAAAGGAAUAGAUUGGCAUCUUUGUUUAUAGGAGAACAUUUGUAAAUAAAGUUAAAUUUCCAAGUCAA